AUGCUUAUCCGUCUGGAGCAGCUUCACUUCUAUAACGUGCUUGACAUUUCAGACUUUCUCCAUUUGUUUGUCUCUUUUGACGCGCUCAUCAUUUCGGAAUCUCUGCAUCUGCUGAAGCUGUCCAUGCCCAAGGUCCACGUCAACCUAACCAAUCAAGGCAACAAUCUGUUACACUUCAAUAUAGCCCCGGGAGACACAGUGGUAUACACCUGUCCAUACACUGUUAACGGAGACAUGCAACACAUAUGUCCACGGGAGAGGGAAUUAUUCGAGAGAAAGCUCUUCUGUUUUGAAAACGUGCUGGUAAAUAGGAACGUGUUCCCAUUACGAGACUACGUCAGGGGAGCAUACAACAUUACCAGUGAAACAGUGGACAACGUAUAUACUUCGGAAUUCACUGUCCCCCCUGUUGUCCUUAUGAAUCGUCAUUUUGAAUGCUACUGCUUCAUGGAUGAUAACAAUAGAGUCAUCAAGAGGACGGUGAAAAUAAAUAUAUCUAAGGGGAUCGCUAGGAAGAUCCCUGGGUGUGACUUCAACGAUGAGUACAGAGAAAUCACUGCCAUCACAACGUUUAGCAACAUGAAUCGUAGGAGAGUCAAGGUGUGUGAUAGCUAUCCUAAGGGGGGGGACACCAUCGUUCUGUUGUGCCCUGUGAACUAUACCGUCCAACCGGAAGGAUGCUUCAAUCAGGUGUACGUGAAGAAGGACGAGUUCAAAAAUGAGAAAAACAAACUGGAGGAACGAUUCAAUAUCAGUCGUAAGUGGGAGGAACACAAACAUAAGAUAAUCGAUGUGGAGGCUCUUUUUGGUCAGAGAUUGACUAUCAUGGGGGAUAAGAUGACAAAGUUUGCUAAAAUCCCCGUUACAAAUGAAGAAAUCAGUUUUACCUGCACAUGUCAGGCAGAUGAUGGGGCAGACACGCUCAUGAUGAAUGUGUACAUAAACGAGAGUUACGACAAGUUCGUUAAUUCUAAUUCUAAUAACAACAAGGUAGAGGAGCACUCGAAGCAUACCUUCAGUUCCACGACUGAGACUAAGGUGGAGGAGCGCAGCGUCGCGUCCUCUUCUUUUUUCGCUCAGGCGCUGCUCUGCGCGCUGUCGCUGCUUCUCCUGAGUGUGUAG